UCAAAACUCAAAACUGAAAAUAAACAGUAGGUGCACUUUUGUUUCUAGGUUUCCAAUACGAAAGUCUGUUUUUUUGAAAAGAAAUUCUUAAAUUUACCAUAUUAAAGUCGUUAAUUAAGUAACAUUUUUAUAAAACUCAUUAUUUGAACUGGUACAAAUCAUCGUAAAAACCUUUUUUUCAGUAAACACAAUGGCGAACGUGGACCAGUUGCUGCAGCAUGUUGCCCAGAAUGUAGAGAGACAGAUUGACAGUGAAAUUGAAAGAUUAGACGCUCUGGAGAGUGGGGAUCUAGAGGCGAUCAGACAACAACGCAUAGCUGAAAUGAAGUUAAGAGCAAAGCAGAAACAAGAGUGGUUGGCCAUUGGUCACGGAGAAUACACAGAGAUCGAUGGAGAGAAAGAGUUCUUUGCUGUUUGCAAUAAAAGUCAGAAUGUCGUGUGCCAUUUCUACAAGUCGGACUCGCCCCGCUGCAAGAUCGUGGACAUGCACCUCAAGAUCUUGGCCAAGAAGCACAUCGAGACGCGGUUCGUGAAGUUGGACGUGGAGAGAGCGCCGUUUCUGACCGGUCGGCUUAAAAUACGCGUGAUCCCAACCCUAGGACUAGUGAAGGACAACAAGACUAAAGACUUCAUAGUCGGUUUCACUGAUCUCGGUAACAGGGACGACUUCUCUACGGAUAUACUGGAGUGGAGGAUCGCCAGAUCUGAAGCAAUAGAGUAUUCUGGUGACCUGUUGGUCCCUCCAUCGGAAGCCAAGAAACAGAAGUCCUUACACAUUCAGAGCAAAAAGACUAUCAGAGGCCGGGAUGAGAGUGAUUCUGACGACUUUAGCGAUUAAACAGUAUUUUUUUGUAUGAAGAGUGUAUCAUAUUAAGUCUCCCAUAAUAUUACAGCGCUAUGGCUAGUCCAUAUACUCUUGGAUCUGCCACUGAAAUUUGGUGGAAGACUGAAAUGAAGAAAUAAAGAAAUGUACCCCUAAUUUUGUCAUUGUCAAUAAUCUGUUCUCUCGAUCAAAUUGUUCGUAUUUUUUUAAUAAAAUUAUGUUUAAUAAUUGUC